AGAGCUUCAGUGAAGAUGUGUUCCAGUCUGUAAAGUCUUUAUUACAGAGUGAGAAGGAACUAUGCAGUAUAACAGCAGAGGACUGUUUAAAGCAGGAUGAACAUGCCAAUUUAACUGAGGUCACAUUUCUGGGUUUUAAUGAAGAGACAGAUGCAGCUCAUAUACAGGAUUUAGCUGCAGUUUCUUUGGAACUUCCAGAUCUUCUAAAUUCACUCCACUUCUGCAGUUUAAAUGAAAAUGAAAUUAUUUGUAUGAAGGAUGUAAAUAAAUCAUCAGAUGUAAGCAGUGGUCCUCUAAAUCAGAGUCAUCAUUCUGGAAUGCUUUGUGUCAUGAGAGUGUCGCCUACGUUACCAAGACUCAGAGUUGAUUUUAUCUUUAAUCUCCUAAGUAAAUAUGCUACUGGUAUAAGAUACACCCUGGACACAUUCUUGCAUCAGAAGCAUCAACUUGAGGCCGCUAAUGAAGAUGAUGAUGAUACUAACCAGUCCGUGUCUUCCAUAGAGGAUGACUUUGUCACUGCCUUUGAGCACUUAGAGGAAGAAGAGACUUCAAAGCUAUAUAGUGAUGGAAUAAACAUUACUGCAUUAAAGAACCAGUGUGAUGCUGCUUCUCAAACUAUUACUGGUCACCAUUUGGAAACCCAUGAUUUAAGAAUGCUGGUUAGUUCUGAACAGCAGCAGUCAUUUACUAAACCCUCAACUUCCUUAAUAAAUGCUUUGGAACAUAAAGGACUGCCUUCUGUGAAAGCUUCAGUCACAACAUCAAUUUCAGAGCCUUGGAUCCAAAGGAGUUUCUACAGGUCAUCUAAUGCUUCAGAUAAAGGUAGUGAUAUACAGAAAACGUUUUUUUCUUCUUCUCCUGCCUAUUCUUCUGAAUCAGAAUGCUCAAGUCCAAGUCCUGUUAUUUUCUUGGAUGAAGAAGGUUAUCAAAAAAGUUUAAAAGCAAAACUUGAGCUGCCUAAAAUUCCUGUGAUGAAAGAUGAUAUAGAGGAUUCAGACUCAGAAGUAAGUGAAUUUUUUGAUAGUUUUGAUCAGUUUGAUGAACUAGAACAAACUUUAGAGACUUCAUGUCUGUUUAUAAAAGAUUCUGUCAAAGGGAAACCAUCGCAAAGGAAAGGGCAAAAACAUGGAAAAUCUUGUAUGAAUCCUCAAAAAUUCAAAUUUGAUUGUCCAGCUCUCCCAGCUAAUGUUAAAAAGCCAACUCCUCGUAAACCAGAAUCUCCAUAUGGGAGCCUGUGUGAUGCUCCAGAUUCUCCUCGCCCAGUGAAGGCAUCAGGGGAUGACAGUGGUUUGUUUAGCCCUAUUCGAUCCUCUGCUUUUAGUCCUCUUAGUGGCUGUACUCCAGCUGAAUGUUUUUGCCAAACAGAUAUUGAUGCAGAUAGAAUUCAUGAAAAUCACAAUGCUAUUUAUUACACCUAUGAAGAUUAUGCAAAUAGCAUUUCAUGUGAAGUACUAGACUCGGUUCUUCAUGCCCAACAAACUAAUGACUUAUCAAACAUUAAUAGUAUUAAAAGUGGAGAGAACAAAACUGUAACUCUUAGGCUUAGAAAUCUUGAUCAAAUAAGUAAGUCUAAAAAUAAAUCAUUAAUAAUUAAAGAUAGCAUUCAGAAAUUUGCAACAGAUCUUGUGGAAAAAAGUUUUGGCAGUGCAUUUAAAGACUUACAGAAAGGAGUCUCUUCGUGUACCAAUGCAUUGUGCCACUUAGCCAUCAAGUUGACAUCAUCUGUUUUUCAGAUGGCAUUUAAUGAACUGAGAAGACAGCAAGCAUUUUCACUGAAAGAACGUGCCAUUAGUGGCCUAGCUAAUUUUUUGGUGAGUGAAGCUUUAUCAAAUGCCUUAAAAGAUUUACAGUAUGUAAAGAAACAGAUAUUUACAAACACAGUUGCUAGGUUUGCUGCAGAUCUUGCUGAAGAGCUUGUUUUUGAAGGCAUCAUGGAAGUGUGUCAGUUCUCAUAUCCUCCAACGCCUGCAUCUCCACAGUGUGGGUCAUUUGACUUUGAAGACAAAGUAGUGAAGUCAUAUGCAAAAGAUUUGUCUGAAUCUGUAAUACAGGAAGCAUUCAUUGAGCUAUCACAAAUUGAUGUGACCUUCACAACAAAGGCAGCAGUUAGUGUCUCUACAGAUAACAUUAAGUAUGUGAGUGCAGAGAGUGUAGUACCAUCAACACAAACCUUCACAUUUUCCCCUUCUUUUCACUCUCAAGCAAUCAUGGUGACAAAACCAACGCAGGACUAUAAAAAGGAAUAUACAGUUCAGCAGGCCUUAUUUUGUACUUCUGGAAUUGUUACUUCUAUACCAGUGCCCUUGGCAGGAAGUGCCCUUCUGCCAUAUCAUAUUUCAUCUACUGUUUAUCAGGCAAAGUCUCAUCUAUCAUCUGAUGAUAGUAAUUCACAUGGGAGGUCUACCCAAGCGCAUAUUAUCACAAAGAAUAGAGGAGAGGAAGUAGCUUGUCUCAGAAAUAUUUGUUUACCUUCAGAACACAAUCCAGGUAACCAGAAUGAUUUAAAACCAACUAAUGAUGAUACUGAAAUGCAAAGUUCUUCAAAAUUAACAAGUGAUUCUGUGAUUAUUAACAACUUUUCUACAGCAAUGGUGCACACGAUAGUAAAUGAAACUUUAGAGUCAGUGGCAUCGUUCAAAGUUACAAAAACAGUUGAUAAACACACAAAUGAUGUAAUCAAAUCAGUGAAGGGAAAAACCUCUCCUUUUUCCCAUUGUGAUCAAGCAACACCACGACGGAGUGAAGCCAGCAGUAAGGACAUGUUUGCUGACCAGUUAUCUAAGUCUAUUAUUAAACAUUCCAUCGAUAAAAGCAAAUCAGUGAUGCCAAAUUUAAGCAAAAAUGCUGUAUACGGGGAAGGCUUGCCUAUUCUUGGAGAAGAAUCACAGUUGACACUUGAAAAGUUUCCCAAAUUUCUUGACUCUCAAGAUCACUUAACUCACUGUUCACCUUCAGUCAGAAAGGAUUGUGUUCAAGAAUGUAAAGAUUCUAUUAUGACUCAUGGAUCUUCUUUAGAGACACUACCAUCUUGUUUAACUAUGGCAGGUCAGAAAUCUGAUUUGAACGAACUUGCUAAGGAUAAAUCAGUGAAAAAGCAUAAUUUGAAUAAUACAUCACUCGAACACUUGUCCUUUGGACAGGAAAGCUCCUUUCCACAUUCACAUACUUUCUCCUCAACAGUGCUUACCUGUGUAGAUGUUUUGCAUGUGGAAGAUAAACAGAAAAUCAGAGACAGAAAUGUAAUACCUGAUACUCCUCCAUCAACUCCUUUAGUACCAUCCCAGGCUAGUUCUGAAUGGGAUAUCAAGAAGUUAACCAAAAAGCUCAAGGGGGAAUUAGCCAAAGAAUUUUCACCUGCCACGCCACCUUCUACACCUCACAACUCAUCUGUUGGUAGUUUGUCUGAACAUGAACAAAAUACUAUAGAAAAAGAAGAGUUCAUGCUGAAACUCAUGCGAUCUCUUUCAGAAGAAGUUGAAAGUAGUGAAGGUGAAGAGCAUCUAGAGGUGGAUCAGAAGUCAGAGCACUCAGGGAAGAAAGUUAAGUUUGCAGAAGCAUUAGCUGCACAGAUCAUUUCUCUUGCAACUGAAAUGGCAGCUUCCCAUUUAGAUAGUAAAAUAAUUAAAGAACUCAAAGUUAAAAGCCCUUGCUUAAAUGUGCAAAGUCAAAGAAGUGUAUCUCCUACUUUUAUAAGUCACUCAGAUGAAAAUUUACAAACAUUAUGCAAUUUUGCAGAUGAUAUGGCUGCAGAAGUCAUUAUAGAAGCUGAGAAAAUAGCAAAAGUUAGAAAUUGUAUGCAUUUCAAGCAAAAGAAGAACAGUUGCUAUGCUGAUGGUGACCGAGAUUAUAGAUCAGAAGAGAAGUUGGAUAUAGAGGCUGUAGCACACCCAAGAGAAGUGGAUCCAUUUGUUCUUUCACUACCACCAAGUUCUUGCACAUCAGGUCUGACAUAUAAGUAUCCUAGCUGUGAAAGUGUAACAGAUGAAUAUGCAGGUCACAUUAUCCAAAUACUAAAACAGGAAGGUGGUAAUGGUGAGUUAAUAAUGGAUCAGUAUGCCAAUAGACUUGCCUACCGAUCUCUUAAAUCAGGAUUACAAGAAGCAGCUAAGACAACCAAAGUGAAGUGCAGCUCAAUAAUGUCCCCUGUGCAAAGCUCACAGUUGAAAACAAACAAGGAACUGUUAAUGUUCUCAAAUAAAGAGCACUGCCAAGAAGUAGAUAAAAAAGGACAAAGAAAUGGAGUUAACUUUUGUAAAAAUCAAACUUAUGAACGGACCCAAGAUACAUAUAGAAAGGAGUGCUCUGAACUGUGUAGUUUGUCAGUCUCUCUUGCUCACAGCAUAACAAGAGAUGCCAAAAAAGAGCUGACAGCGUCUCUAGUUGGCUUGCCGAAAUCCUUAACAGAUUCUUGCUUGUUUGAAAAAUCUGUAUUUGAUGAAGAUAAUCAGUGUCAUGUUGAACCAGAAUUUCCUAAGUCUCUUCAACCUUCCCCACAAAAUCACGGAGUUUACCACAGUACAGGCAGCUUAAGUGGAGGAUAUGGUUGUAGAGAGAAUGUUAUUCAUGCUAUAGAAGAGUAUGCUAAGAAAGUAGUAGAUGACACUUUAGAGCUAAGUUUAGGAUCCACAGUUUUCCAAAUGUCUGAGACCAGAAAAUCAGCAGACAGGAUUACUUAUGCAGAAAAGUUGUCACCUCUUACAAGCCAAGCUUGCAGAUAUUGUGACUUUAAAGAACUCCAUGAUUGCACUGGAAAUUCCUCUCAGUACUUUUCCAGUACUAAGCCAGCUUCUAAUUCAAAGUUUAGCAGCAUCUAUCAGAAAUCUAGAAUUUUUCAUCUUGAUGUCCCUCAAAUUCAUGUUAAUCUUGACAAUAAGACAUUGCUUGCUGAGAAGAUAGUCGCUGAAGCUAUUGAAAAAGCAGAGCGAGAGCUGAGCAAUACUAGCUUGGCAGCUGACAGUGGGAUUGGACAAGAUGGUGCUAGCUUUGCUGAAAGCCUUGCCACCGAAAUAAUGACAUCAGCUGUGACAAAUGUUGAACAUGUUGUUAGCAGUUCAAAAGAAAUAGAAGACUUUCAGUUAAGUGAGUCUUUUGGUAGCCCACAGAUGAAUCUCAGUUUUGGUGAUGACAGCACUGGCAGCUGGUCCAAUUUAAGUUUUGAAGAUGAACACCAAGAUGAAAGCAGCAGUUUUCAUCAUCUAAGUGAAAGUAAUGGUAACAGCAGUAGCUGGAGCAGUCUUGGUUUAGAAGGAGAUUUGUAUGAGGACAAUUUAUCCUUUCCAACAUCAGACAGUGAUGGACCAGAUGACAAAGAUGAAGAACAUGAGGAUGAUGUAGAAGGUUUGGGGCAAGGUGAAAAGACUCUGCUAAUUACAAAUAUUGACAUGGAGCCGUGCACAAUAGACCCUCAGCUAAGGAUUAUUCUUCAGUGGCUUGUUGCCUCUGAGGCUGAAGUUGCAGAACUUUAUUUUCAUGACUCUACAAAGAAGGAGUUUAUACUACUUUCAAAACGGUUACAAGAAAAAGGAUGGAAAGUGGGAGACCUCCUGCAGGCUGUGCUUCGAUACUAUGAAAUGAAAGGAAACACUUCCAGUGAGGAGAGAUGCAAGUCACUGUUUGAUUGGCUCUUGGAAAAUGCAUAGAACAAACCCAACCCAGUAUAUUUUAGUCUUUGUUUGGGAAGAGAAGAAACAGUAAAGAUGCUUAGAAUAAAAUUUGAAUAGUGAAUAUUAACAUCUUAAGUGAAUUAGGAGGAAAGAAUAUACAGCUUUUAAGCGCUUUAUGUUAUCACAUGGUGUAUAUAGUUCAUACUUUUGUAAUCUGUCAAAAUAUUAUCUUCAUUUCCUCUUCUACACGUGUGUGUAGUGUGUCAAGACCCUAAGAACAUGCAUUUGGAGGAAAGUUUAAUAAGCAUGAGGUUUUCAGGGGCAUUGUCUGACCACAUUCUUUCUGCCUUCUAAUAGUGCUGCUAGAAGCUGCACUGAAGUGGCUGAGGAUAGAUUCCAAUAAUAGAGUUAUAAUUUUGCUCCUUUGCAAACAAAUAGUAACUGAUUAAUAACUGAUUUGACAUCAGAAAAUAAAAUUGAGGCAAAUUUUUUUUCUGGUAGAUUUUUUGUGUUUUUAAAAACCAGUUUUAUUUUCAUAGUUCAGCUAUUGGUAGCUUUUUGAUUUCUCUAAACUUUAAUUUCUUAGCAUAAACAUUUGUUUUUCAGGUUUUUGUAAACUCUUUGUGAUAGCUUCCCCAUUCUUUCAUCAAAUGACAUUAUUUGCCAAUGCUGUCAGUCAUUCUGGCACGAGUGCAAUUGUGUGUAUUUAUGUUGUAAACCUUGCCAGUGGUUUGUUCUUUCAUUUUACUGUUUUCUUUUUAGAAACCCACUGUUAAUAUUAAAAAGGUGCUUUAAAAUAAAAUGUCUAUAAAGGUUGUGCAGUAAUACUUUUUUUAUUUCUCUUUUUGAUUAUUUUGGGUUUCCAGCUUAUCCUAUAAGUGAAAAUUGAAGUUGCAAAACAUGUUGAAAUUUUGAAAAUUAAUAUUAACGUGGAAAUGCCUUUAGAAAAGCCCAGUAAUGGUUUUAAUUGUUGGAGUUUUGAAAAAACUCUCCACUUUACCGUGGAUACAUUUUCUCUAGAAAAAUUGGAAUUUUUUGUUCCCCUGAUAAAAUGUAUCUUCACUAUUUUGUAAAGUUCUCUGAUAAUGAUCUUUCUGGGCUCUGCAUUUCCUACUACUUUGUCUUCAGAAACUGCAAGUUGACAUGAAUAGAGGACCAAGAUUGUGUCUUGGUUUUGUAUGUGUGGAUAUAUGUGUGUAAAUUUUUGGUUCUUCUACUAGUGGAUUUUGUGAUCUAGGGUCAGUCACUUUCUGUGGGAUCUUUGAUUGUACUCCAUUACGUUUCUUUUUUCUUCCUGAACACUGACUGUUCUGAAAGCUGCACAAAAUAUAGAGGAACAUGGCCCCUGCCAGGAAAUAGGGAAUAAGGGCACUUAUGUUAAUGUGAAUUGAUAACUGUAGUAUAGAAUUUGUCUUUAUAGUGAAGGAUUCAAAUUAAUUUUUAAAGAAAAAUUCCAAAAGCUAUUUAAAUAUUUUGACGUUACAUUGUAAGCUUUGGUUUUUCUCAGUUUAAGAUAGAGCAAGCCUUAGACAUAAAUUUUCCUAAAGUUUCUUCAAAUAUUUUUUAAGGUGGAAAAAUACAAGAAACAUAUAAUCAGAAUUGUUUCUGCCUUUAGUUUUUCAGAACUCGAGAUGUGGCAGCACUGGACUGGGUUUUUAAACAUUAGGUCUAGGAAUGUUUGUUCUUAUUAAUUAUAACAUGGAUUAAUUGAUCAUUAAGUUUAGGUUGCAUUUUUAUAAGUAUCUAUCAAAUUGUGUUUAGUAAGUUGGGUGUAUGUGCAGAUUUGUUCAGCAAAAUUGAGUACUGAAUUUCUUUUAAACUAAAGUGAUAAUAUAUUAGUUUUGUAAAAUUUUCUGUGGUUUGAAAAGAUUUAUAUUUAUUUUUGUUAAUGGUAUAUAGUUAUUUCGAGAUGAGAUUUUCCUUGUAUUUUUAUUUUCUUUGCAUUUUGCUGGAGCUGUGCUAGGUUCAGAGUUUCCUUAUUUAACCAUUACAUAAUGACAGACCAGUUAUUAGGUAUUGGCAUGGAUGGUAAUAAUAAUAGUGGAACUCCAUACUUGCAUCAGUUCAGUGCAGGGGCAUAGAGGAAAAUGUUAAAGUAUCAGCAGAUGUUGGAAAGAAGCAUGAGUUUAAGCUUUCUGAUAUUACAGAGAGAAUAUUUGAGUUUAGAGCAGUAUAUUUUAGUUAAGUACAGUCUAAACUUCAAGGCACUUUGUGAUUUUCCAAAGACUUUUAGAUUUGUUUGGUUGCUCAGUCUUCAGAACAGCUCUGUUGAGGACAAUUCUGUCUUAUUUUAUUACAAAGCUGCUUAACAUAUUUAUAUUGUAACAUUGUAAUAUUGCCAUUCUGUACAUUUUGACCCUAAAAAAUAUGUCUUACUCAGAACUGUUAAAGUUGUUAUGUGCAUUGAACUGAGUUCUCUGUUUACCAACGAUAAAACUUUCAAGUGAUAUGUGGAAAGAAAGUGAAUGAGACUUCUGAUGGGGGUUUUCAGAACCUUGUUCACACUGAAAUGUGGCAGUUCUUCCAUGUUCUUUUCCUAAACCAAGUUUAAAUUACAUGUAUAGUUUUAGUAUUGUUGAUUUUAAAAAUGCUUCCUGAUUUAUACAAAAGGAAUUGUUCAUUUAUAAGUCACAGAAGAAGAUGACAGUAUCUAUUAGACAAUUUGAUAAGAUUUAAAUGGCAUUAUAAAACCUGUAGUAUAUUCACUCAGUGGCUAUGUGAUAACAUCUUUAUAGUUUGAAAAAUGUUUCACUUACCCUUUUAGAUAUCUAAUGUAAUUAAUUCAAUUCAUAAACCUUAGUUUUGCCUCAGCAAGUGUUUUAUUUUGUUGGUAGGAAAAUUUAAUUACUUAUUAAAUGCACUAUGUAUAAAGUGAAAGAUAGUUUACCCAGGUGACUUUGACAUUAGUUCGUAUUCCCCAAAUUCAGUUUAAUCUUGAUUCAUCACUCCGCCGAAGGCCAGAUUUAAGUAAGUGUAUACUUAUUUAGCUGAUAUUAUUCUCCACAAUUAUAUACUUAGUUUCACAUCAGCAUAUCACUUUAAAUUUAUGUUUUUCAAGGGAAACUUUUCACAGAAUUUUUUUUAAAUGACACAUCCAUAUUCAGGGUGUAAGGAAAAUGUUUUUCCAUUUAAAACCCUGUCCACUUGUCACCAGCACGAGAGGAUUAGAGCUUCAAUGGGAAUUAGACAAAUUAUGCUAAAGUGAAAUGCAUUUUUUCCUCAUUUUCAGCAAGAAUCCUAUGAGCAUUUACUCAUUUACUGUAUUCCUGCUCUGAAGAUGUAGAUACAGUGUUAGUCACUCUUGUCACUUUAUUUAUUUAUUUUUUUUAACCAUCUGUGUACAUUCCUUUCAUAGGGUAAAGUUAUAGUUCUAGAGGUUCUUGUUUUGUUUGUAAUGUUUGAAUACUAUUUAAUAACAGGUUUUAAUAUUGCUGGAUUUGCUACCUUUGGUUACUUGUGCAGUGUUAAAAGUAAUCUACAUUCUUGUUUAAUAUACUAUAUAGCAAAAGCAGCUUUGAAUAAUUAUAGCUGUUUAUUUGGCUGUGCUCAUUACUACAUUAAGAUUGUGUACUGUGUAACAGUAACUUUUUUUGCUCUUCAGUAAUUUAAUAUGUUCACUUACCAAAAUAUGAACUUUGAGAUGCAUUAAAAUUUUGUUUUGGCAGUUGCUCAAAAAAAUUUCAAAAAUUACCUUUGUAAUAAUUUGCAAUUAAUUGUUUUUUUAUCUUACAAUUGUUUAAGCCUGUGAUCUUUCUUCUCCCAACUAAGAGAUCUUCAAUAAAUGUAAGAAAUGCCUGGUC